GAGAGCUAUGUUUGGAGUGCCAUGGCCGGAGAUGAACGAUGGCGUACGAUACGCCGAGAUCGCCAGGCUUCCAUCGUCUCAGCAAGGUGAAAGCGUUUUGGAUUACUACGCGUCGAGAUACCAGAGCUCCGCUUCUAGAGAAGGCUGGCUGAGAAGAAUUCUUAAGGGACAGAUUGAAAUCAAUGGAGAAGUUGUCACUUCCCCGGACGCCUUGAUCAGGAACAACGCGUCGCUGGUGUACCACAGGUUCCCUUGGGAAGAACCAAACGCACCAUUCAUGCUUGAAAUACUAUACGAAGACGAGCAUCUGCUUGCGAUUAAUAAACCAUCGGGCUUGCAAGUUCUACCGGGUGGUCUCUUUCAGCAAAGAACUGUGCUGUCGCAGUUGCAGUGGCGAGUGACAGACCAAGUAGAAAGAAAUCAUCCAACACCUGUUCAUCGGCUCGGAAGGGGAACAUCAGGAGUUUUACUAUGCGCUAAGUCCGAUCAGGCCAGAUGUGUCCUAGGAAUGAAGCUAGCUUCCGCCACUUUGCGUUCAGGUGUAGAAGACAGGUUUGAGAUGUUGUCGAAGGUGUACAGGGCUCUGGUCUGCGGUAUUGUCCAAGAUGAUAAGAUUUCUAUUGACCAAGCUAUAGGGAGAGCUCAUUAUCCUGGGGUUAGAGGAGGACUUUACAUGGCCGUUGCCAAAAUAAGAACAGAUCUUCAUUUACCGAUGCAAGCAGGGAAACUUUCUCACAGCAAGGUGACAACACUGAAGCGGAACACGGAAGAAAACAGCACAGUUGUAGAGGUAGAGAUAUUCUCUGGACGUGCUCACCAGAUACGGAUUCAUUUGGCAAGCAUCGGUCACCCUUUGGUCGGCGAUCCUCUUUACGUGCGCGGUGGACAACCUUCAACGCAGGUUGUGAGCACCCUGGAACAAGCGAGUGUCGCAGAGGACGGAGGCUAUGAAAGACCAGAAAAUCCAUUGCCUGGAGACUGUGGUUAUCACUUGCAUGCUCAUCGGCUCACGUUCCAUCACCCUGUGACGAACCAGCGUUUAGAGAUCGUAGCACCUUUACCACCCGAGCUGGAAACGGAAAGUCCGUUCUGAGAGAGAGCAGUUUCUUCGACGCGUGGGGCAAGCUCUCGCUCGCAACUUGUCACGCCGGGCGUCCGCCACGUGGACAGCCUUUGCAUGCUUGCGGGCUCUCAAACAAUCGGUUACAAAUAUCAGGCACUCUCAGACCCUCGUUUAGCUUGA